AUGAAUUUUUUAUCCUCUAAUAAAAACAAUAUAAGUACGAAAUCUGAAGUAAUAGCAAAGGUAAAGGUUGAUAAUAAGAGUAAUAAUAAUGAGAAUUAUAUAAAUGAGGAGGUUGAAAGUAUGAGAUAUAAUAAUUAUAACAUUAAUAGUAUGAAUCAUAGUAAUAGUAACCAUAUGAAUAAUAAUGUGAGUAAUAAUAUAAAUAAUAAUGUGAAUAAUAAUAUGAAUCAACAUGUUAUGAAUAACCAAAAUAUUAAUCAUAAUAACAGUUUAAAUUUUAUAAUCGAUGAUAAUAAUAUAAAUAAUCAUAAUGAUAUUGACAAGAGGUCUGAAAUAUAUUAUUCAAAUAAAGCUUACGAUCCGCAAUAUUUAUAUAAUAGUAAUAAACUUUCAAGUAAUAUAAAAAUAACAAGAAAUCAUACCUCAGCUCAUCGAAUGAUAUCUCCACGUAGAGAAUCGAUAAAUUUAUUUUCAUCCAAAAUAAAUAGGACUUCUAAUAUCUACAGAAAUUAUGAUGAUAAGUUAUCAUAUGCAUCAUUAUAUGCUUCAAAUAAUAGAAAAAAGAAUACUUUAGAUAAAAUAUCCAUUCCUGAAUCUAAUGAUAGUUUUAAAACACAAACAAAUUCACAAAUUGUUGAACAGUCUAUUGAAUUAUUAAAACAUUUGAUGAAUCAGGAUCGACGUAGUAUUUCUUCCGUACAUGAAAGUGAAAGGAAAAAUAAACUGAUGUAUAAAUUGAUUGAUAAUAUGAAAAGAUAUGGAGAUAAAAAUGAACCUUCUCACAUUAACAAUAAUAAUAAUAAUGAAGAAUAUAAUAACUCUAUAGAUUUGUAUAAAAAAAAAAUUGAUAUGUUAAAUUUAAAAUUCCUUAAAUUAAAAAAUGAAUAUACUCAUGCAAAUAAUGAAAAUAUUAUUUUAAAAAAACAAAUAAAAUGUAUGAAAGAUAAUUAUCAUAUAUUAAAUCCGAAAAGUUCAACUGUUUCUUUUUCGAGAGACGUUUCACAACCACUUCAAAAAGAUGAACAUAAGGAUUAUCACCAACACCAUUUAGGUACAUCAAAUGAAUUUUCGAAGGUUAAACAUAAUAAUGAUAUACAUGAUGUUAAAAUUAAUAAUAAAUCCAUGAGUCAUAAUCAUAAUAAUAUGUUAAUAUCAUCAUCAUUAACAUCUCCACUUUCUGGUAAUACAAAAAAUAUAUCGAAUGAAGCAGGAAAUGAUUAUUAUUCACAAAUACUUAUAGACUCUUUAGAAAAUAAUAACAACAGCAAUAAUAAUAACAACAACAACAAUAAUAAUAAUAAUAAUAAUAGGAGAAAAACGUAUACGUCAUCUGUUCAUUUAAAUAGAGCGUCUAAUAAUACAUUUUUACCAACAAGUAAUAAGGUAGACGAAAAUUAUAUGAACCAAAUCAGGGAAGAAAUAAAAUUAGAAUUGACACAAGAAAUAACAAAUAAGUUAGAAAAAAAAUAUAAAGAAAAAUUAGACGAAUUAAAAAAAAAAAUGGAAGGUGGGGUAAAACUUCCAUCCUCCAAUGAAUUAAUAAAAAAUAAAAAUACUUCAGAAAAUUUAUUUAUGUAUCAAAAAGGAAAAAAGGAAAUGAAAUUUUCGAUUGAUAAUCUUUUUAGUAAUAUACAAAAAGAAGUAGAAGAACAAAUUAAUGAUAUAAUAAAUGAUUAUAAAAAUAAAUUUACAGAAAAUUUCAAAGAUUUUUUAAAUAAUAACAAUCAUCAGAAACAGAAUGACGAACAAGAACAUCUUCCUAAGGAUGAAAAUGGAAAAGAGGAAGACAACAUCUUGCCUGGUGAAUUUUUUAAUGAGAAAAUUAAUGAAUGUUUAAAUCUGCUUGACAAAAUUGCCCAAGGAAAUAAAGAACAAGAUAUAAAAAAAGCCGAAGAAUCCAAAAAUGAAACAAUAAAUAUAAUUAAUGCACUGAAUACAAUAAAUGAAGAUAUGAAUAAUAUAGAUGAUUUAAUAUAUAAUAUUAAUGCUACUAUUAAUGAAAAUAACAUUCUAAACAAUGAAGAGAAUGAUUAUCCACAAGAAUUAAACAUUUUAAAAAAAAGGGGUUCCAAGAGUAUAGAAUCUGUAGCAUCAGAAAAUUUUGAAGAAUGGAAAAAAAACGAAGAACAAUAUCCAACCAACAUUAUUAAAGAACAUAAAUUAUUUUUUCAAGUUAUGGAAACAAAUGAACAAGAAUAUGUAGACGAACGAUCUGCUAAUUAUAGUUUAAAAAAUGUGACUGAUAAUGUGCAUAAUAAUAAUAAUAAUAAUAAUUUUAAUAAGGAUUGUAAUAAAGAUUCGAUUUAUAAUAAUGAUCAAUUAAAUAAUCCAUUUAUAGGUGAAAAUAUACAAAAUGUGAAGGAAAAGUUUAAAAUGGAUAAUGUAGUAGAUGAUAAAAAAAACUUCGAAGAGGAAACGAAUUAUGAUAUACAUAAGAAGAAUAAUAUAAAUGAAAAUAAGGAAUUAAAAAUUGAUGAAUUGAAUAUGAACUUAUCCAUAAAUGACGAAGAUAUGCAUGUUAGGGGAUUGGACAAAGGAUAUGGUGAUGAUAACAAAAUAGGUGAUGAUAACAAAAUAGGUGAUGAUAACAAAAUAGGUGAUGAUAACAACAUAUGUGAUGAUAACAACAUAUGUGAUGAUAACAACAUAUGUGAUGAUAACAAAAUAGGUGAUGAUAACAAAAUAGGUGAUGAUAAUAAAAUAUGUGAUGAUAAUAAAAGACAUGAUGGUGAUAUAUUAAAUUAUAAUGAAGAGGAUUAUGGACCCCCUGUUGGGAUAGAUGAAAAUAAUGAGAAUGAAAAAGACAAAAAGAAAAGUAAAUGGAAAAGUUUAUUUUCAAGUAAAAAAACAAAGAAGAAAAAUUUAAGCGAUAAUUUUGGUAAUGAUACAGAAUUAUGGGCGAAAAGUGAAAAUUAUAAUAAUGAUAAUAAUAAUAAUAAUAAUAAUAAUGUUAAUUAUUUUAAUAACGAUCUUAUGGAUAAUGUUAAUAUCGAUAAUGCUUAUAAUAUUAAUAAUAAUUAUAACAGCGAAUAUAAAAAUAAUCCUUUUGAUAACGAGCAUGGAACCAAUUUUUAUAAUAAUAUGAAUAAUGUAUCAACGAAUAUACAUAUUGAAAAGGGUGAAAUGAACUUAAUUAGAAGCGAUAUAAAUAAUAAUGAAAAUGUAGAAAAAGAUAAACUUAAUUAUGAAUAUCCAAAUAAUGUUUUUAAACAUUGUACAGAAAAAUUAUCAACUAAUGUUCAUAAUAAAACUACCUCAUUUGAACUUGAUCAUAAUGGGAAUAAUUAUUAUAAUGAUAAUAAGAACACACAAAAUAAUAUUAAUAAUUAUAAUAAUGUAGAUUCAAAUAUAAAUACAUAUAAUAAUGGAUAUAAUAAUUCAUACAAUAAUAAUAGUCCUUUUAAUUAUGAAAAUAAUAAUGAAAAGACAGAACGAAAUUUUAUGAAUUCAUCUAUUUAUUCGUAUAAUGCAAAUAUGAAUAAUUCAGAAGGUCAUAAUGAGGUUAGUUCUUCCACAGCAAUAUACAAUAACAUAAAUAAUAUGAAUGUACAUAUGAAAAGAAAUAAUUCGGUACAUAUAAAUAACCAGGUUAUGUUUAAUGAAUAUGAGCAAAUGAAUGUGGAAAAUGCAAAUUUCAGUUCACAAAAUGGGGAAAAUAAUUUGAACUUUUAUAAUAAUAAUAAUAAUAAUAAUAGAAGUUAUACAAAUUAUACAAACAAUAUGAAUGACGAAAUAAAUAAUCAGUAUAAUUUAUUUUACAAUAUUAAUAAUGAAAAUAACAACAACAAUAAUAAUAAUAAUAAUUAUUAUUACAAUAAUAAUUACAAUAAUAAUAAUAAUAUCAAUAUUCAAAAUGAAUACAAUCAUAUACGUUUUGAUGAUAAUUCAUCUUCACAUAUGACCCAACACCCAUAUAGUAAAACCUCAAAUAUUAUGAGAAUAAAUACAACGGCAUUAAAUACAAGUAAAAAUUAUACAACCGAUUUAUAUCAAACAAAUAAAAGUAGAUUAUCAACAAAAAGUGAAAUACACUAUAAUUCAUUGAAAUCUCAAAAAAAGAAAAACCUUGAAGACCUUUUUUCAUAA